AUGGCAGCCUCAGUCCUUUUUUCAACUGCCACCCCUAAGUUCGUUUGUCUCCUUCGGAACCAACGCCCCCACCAUCACUUCACGUCUUUAUUCAUCCACCCCAGACACAAUGUCAGCGAAUUGGACCACCGGCCGAAACUGGCGAGGCGACAACAGCGGCUCUCGAUCAGGGACACACCGGCAGCAGGGAAACCUUCGGCAGGAUUCCCAGACCAUGAGCCCGAGCACGGACGAAGCGCUACGAAGAUCGCGGAGGGCAAGCGCAUCUACCUCGGCAACCUCCUCUACGAAGUCAAGCCCAGUGAGAUCGACGAUAUGCUGACUGCAAAUGGCUUUCGAGAAGACGUCGAGAAUGUCCAUAUAUCCAUCGACGCCGUCACAGCGCGUAACCCAGGAUACUGUUUUAUCGAUUUCACGAGCUCCGACAGCGCACAGUCAGCGCUUGAGAGCCUGGCAGGCAGUACCAUUAGGGAUCGGCCUGUGAAGGUCGGGCCGUGCAAGCCCAAGGGGGCCGAGAGAGCAUGGAGGAAGCCCGACUACAAGCCGACAUCCCAAAGAUGGGGUGAUUGGAGAGCCCAGCGCCCGAGCGAUGACGAAGGCCGUGCGUCUGACAGCCGAGAGUCACAGCAAGGACCCCACAAAGCCCUAGAGCACUUCCAAGGCGUAAAGGAGAGUGGCGCAUCAGCUAGAAUUUAUCUUGGCGGACUUGGCAAGAUGAGCAACCAGGGAGAGCAUGAUGAGGAGGUUCAAAAUUUGCUUGACGGCUUCAGCAUCGUCGCCAUCAGCAAACGGAUUACUCCACAUCCAUCGACACAAACAAAGCCUGGCAAUCAUCAUUACUGUUUCGUAGAUUUUGAGACCAAGGCUGAUGCCGAGGCUGCCAUCCGCCUCUUGAAUGGCAGAGCUAUUCCGGGAGGCAGGCUUCGUUUGUCCAUGGCCCAUGGGCUUCCUACUAGCGCCAGGGAGUAACCGAGCUCACAAUACGAUGAUCUCAAGUGCUGGCACUUCGCAUCGUUGCCGGACAACAUGACACUGAUCACUUUUAAAACAAUUGGUAAUGAGUUUUUGAUUAUUGUGAUUCUGGCCAAUAAACCCCCCCCCCCAAAGUCUUGC